AUUUUCCCAUCAAAUAUAGUCAACACGAUUCCACUCUCGCAGGUAUAUAUAUUUAUAUAUGAUCUGAAUCGCCCCUACCAAAUUCAAAACACACAGAUCUCCAAAAUUUCAUUUUACUAAUAAAAAGUAGUGUUCCAUGGCUUCUACCUCUUCCUCCACUCCCAUAAUAGCCCUUCUCCAAACCCACCAAAAAACCCACAAUUGCAAAAAUCUCAAUCAUGAUGCCCAAUUCUCAUUUCUUCGCCAGAGUAAAUUCAACAGAUUUCAUUCAACAAGACCAUCAAACAAGGACUUUGUUGUUCGGAGAGCUACGCCGGAGAUCGCCGGAGAAAUUCUCUCUUCAAACCCUCUCUCCGGCAUACCGCUGAUCGGAGACAAUCCAUUGCUUGCUGGAAUUUGCGCAUUAGUAGUAGGGGUGCCUCUUAUUAUCCAAAAGAUAAUAGCGUUUUCAAAUCAACUGGAAGCGGCGUCGCAGACGGUGGAGAAAAUAGCGGACACGGUGGAGAACAUCGCCGACGAGGUGGAUAAGGCGGCGGAGGGGCUGAGGGAGUCGCUGCCGGAAGGGCGGCUGAAGGAUGCCGUCGUCUUUGUGGAAAAGUUUGCUGAACAUACAUCUGAUGGGGCUGAUAAAGUCAGCGAUUUAAUGGACAAGGUAUUUUUUAUUUUUUCGAUAAUAUUUAUGAAAUUGUUACUUAAAUGUCACAUUAAUGUCUAUAUGACUAUAUCCUAUCCUUCAAUUAAAGGCGCUACACAGUUUUCUUUUAUCACUUAAGAAAUCAAUUAGUGCGUACAAUUAUUGGGAUGAAAAAGGAAAUAAAUAUUUAGGGUUUAUAUAAAGAAAAUCUUGAUUUAUUUAAUUUAUUUUUUAAAAUAAAAAUAGGAUUUAGUUAUUUUACUAUAUUCUCUAUAUUGUACUUAUUUAUUUUUAUUUUUAUUUUUAUUUUUAAUUUAUUUUUUAAUAAAAAUAAAAAAGUUACUAAAAAAUUAUAAAAAAAUAAUUACAAUGUAAAGAAUAUGAUAAAAUAAUUAAAUUUUAUUUUUAUUUUAAAAAAUAAAAUAAAUUAUUUUUUAAUUAGGUAAAUUAUGGGUGGCCAGUGGUGCUGUUAGCAUUACUCACGAAAGCUGGCGCAUUACUGGAUUUAAUGUAGUAGUAGUUGGGUUUGAUAGGCACGUGACGUGAAGCAACCAGCCUUUUCCUAUUCUUUGACUGUUGACUAAUCUAUACUCCUAUAUAUUCCUUUCGAUAAGUUUUAAUUUAUCAUUUUUAGUACAUUCACAUAUUUGCCAUAAUUUUUUUUGUAUCAUUCAUCAUGGAUCAUUAAUUUUUAAUUUAUGAGGUAUUUUCUCUCAGUAACUCUCUCUAUCUCUCUUUUAAAAAAAAAAAUUGUGGAGCCUUUAUGCAAUUUUUAAAACUUGUGUCAGCAUUUUUUUAGGACCUAUUUUCAUGAACGGGUGAAGUAUUUAAUUUUUUGAAAAGAAUCUCUUUAGAUAGUAUACACUCUCAUGAAUCCGAUCUAAUUAAUUUUCAUUGUUUUCUCAAAAAAAAAAGAAUAAAAAAAAUCAUUGUAAUUAAAAAAAAUAGUUAGAAAUAACAAAUUCUAAAUGAAAAACGCCAAUCAGAUAGCUAGAUUACUAUUCUCUUGUUAAACUCUUACUAAAAUCCAAAUUAAUUGCUGAUCAUCAAUUAAUUAUUAAUAAUAAAUAAAUUUGUAAUUGCGAACGAAGUGUAGUAUGUGGAUAAGACGGUUUUUGCUUCAAUCAAUAUAAAUAAAUUAGGAGUUCGACUAGAGGACUAGAGUGUGAGUGUUUUCUUUCUUUUUUUGGAUAAUAAUAAUAAUAAUUAAAAAAUAAUCUCUAAUUGCGGCCACGACAUCAUUUUAAUUUCUAAUAUGACAAUAUUUACAUAAUUAUACUAUAACUUAGAACAAUUUCCUUCCGAUCCAGUCUUAAUGAUGAGAAUUCUAUUAUAUUAUUAUAUAGCCCAAAGUUUUAUUGUUAUAAAUAGUAGAUAUUAUACCAACCUAUACAUAAGUUUAAUUUUAAAUGUGAUUAAAGCUUAUACUUGGUAACAAAAUAUGCAGGUGCAAGAACUCGACGACAAACUGGAUGAGUUUAUGGAGAAAGAAAAAAACAAAAGCACUGGUAAAGCAUGAGUUUUACCGAUCGAUUUGUAGGUUACGAUUGUAUUGAUAUCAAAUAUUUAAAUUUUGUUAAUAUGAUUUGACGAUCGAAGCGAUUUCCUUAUUGCAGCUCAACGCAUUUAAUUUGUUA